GGUCCAAUUGUGCGUGCAAUGAAUCAAAUCCCAACUGUAUACAUGAAAAGAAAAUUAUGUUUCUAAUAUGCGCUUUGGAAAAUUCUCUCUUUUCCUCUUCCCCUCCGAGGAAAGACACCAAGCUUUCUUCACUAUAAAUGGUUGGGUUUCAUGACCCUUAAACAGAGACAAGAAAAGUCAGGGACGAACUAAGAACACAGUGGAGAGAUCAAAAUGAGUUUACUGAAGCUAAGUUCUUUGGGGGUUAUAUUUCUGAGUACUUUGCUCCUCUGCAGUGCCGAUGUGCAUCACUAUGAAUUCUUCGUGCGCGAGGCAAACUUUACGAAGCUAUGCGACACAACGCCAAUGCUGGUCGUGAACGACAGUUAUCCAGGACCUGAGAUUCGUGUUCACAGAGGUGAUACUGUCUUCGUUAACGUUCAUAAUCAAGGGAACUAUGGUUUCACCAUCCACUGGCACGGUGUGAAACAACCAAGAAAUCCAUGGUCUGAUGGUCCCGAAAACGUAACUCAAUGCCCGAUUCGACCAGGAACCAACUUCACAUACGAAGUCAUAUUGUCGGAUGAAAUAGGAACCCUGUGGUGGCAUGCUCACAGUGACUGGACUCGCGGUUCUGUCCAGGGAGCCUUUGUCAUUUUACCAGCCGAGAAAGAAACUUAUCCGUUCCCCACACCUGAUGCCGAUCAAACAAUCAUGCUUCAAACAUGGUACAAUGACGACUACAAGCGAAUGAUUGAUGAAGCAGUUGCAGCGGGUACCACUCCUCGCCAACCAGAUGCUUAUGCCAUCAACGGACACUUAGGCGACACAACCGCUUGCAAUGAUACAAUAUUUCGUAUGCAAGUUAAUUAUGGGAGUACAUACCUUCUCCGCAUCAUCAACUCUGCAAUGAAUGAACCAAAAUUCUUCUCCAUCGCAAAUCACACCCUCACACUCGUCGCCCAAGAUGCGUCUUACGUUAGAAGGCUUAUGACCAACUAUAUAAUGAUCAGCCCUGGACAAACUAUGGAUGUUUUAGUCGUGGCCAACCAAAACGCUGGCCGAUAUUACAUGGCUACUAGGCCUUUCUCUGAUUCCUCGGCCGUGCUUAUUGACUUCAUUACCACUGGACUUUUUGAAUAUACAAACAGUCCGGGUGGAUUGAAUGCUUCCAUGGUAACACUGCCAGCAUUGAACGAUACGGAUGCUAGCAACAGGUUCCUCAGCCGAAUUAGGAAUACGAGGGUCCCCCAGAAUCCACGAUUGAACGUGCCGGUGAAUUCCAGAAUCAAUAGACGACUCUACAUUGCAAUCGCCGCAAACACCUUGCCUGGUUGCGAAGGCCCACAAUGUGUUGUACCAAAUAGACUUGCUGCAAGUUUGAACAAUGUCAGCUUUGUUUUUCCGCGUACUGACAUCCUCCAAGCAUACUAUAACAUGAGCAUCAAUGGUGUUUACACCGAAGAUUUUCCCCUGAAUCCACCAGAGUUCUAUAAUUUCACCGGCAGCAACAUAACUAAUAUCGUGGGUAGGAAUGCUACUUCAGGGACGAGGGCUGUUAUGCUAAAUUAUGGUGAUGCAGUCGAGAUUGUGUUCCAAGCAACAGAGGUCGGUGGCGGUGGAGGUCACCCACUCCAUUUGCAUGGUUUUAGCUUUUACUGGGUGGGAACCGGUACUGGAAAUUUCAACAACCAGACCGACCCGAGGACUUACAACUUGGUUGACCCACCGCUCAUUAACACCGUCUACGUUCCUGAUGAAGGAUGGGCUGCCGUUAGAUUCUUUGCAAACAAUCCUGGCGUAUGGUUUAUGCAUUGCCAUUACGAGAGGCAUAGCAGCUGGGGAAUGGACACCGUUUUCAUCGUUAGGAACGGAAAGACCACGAAAACAAGCAUGCUCCCUCCCCCACCUGGCAUGCCCCGUUGUACCUAGAAGUACAAGCAUAUGAUUUGUAAUUUAUUAUUAAUAAUUCGUGGACCUAUAGUUUUUAAUAAACGAAUUUAUUUGAAAUAUUGCUGAUAAAUUGUAAUUCUU